UGACUCCAGCCUCCACGUAGCCAGACGAACCAAGCUGAGACUGAGGGAAGGAAACAUACACUGAGCUAAUCUCAACCUGCACCCAAGGGACUCCCUUAGGCACCCACAAUCUCACCCCAUUACAGAAGAAGGUGGGACCAUGAAGACUGUGGUGGCUCUGCUGCUGCUCUGUCUGUGUGAUCCUGGACAGGGUGACUGCGGGGCAGACUGCCUGUCCUGCAGCAACAUCCUGCCCAAACAGUUCAGUUUCAACACCAUGGUGUGUCUCACUGAGUGCGAAGACAACGUCUCCCCAGCCUCCUAUCGGGACUUCUGUCGGAAAGUGUUGUCGUCACAAAUUUCCUCCCUUAGUGGUGCGAUCAGGAAAAGAUCUCAGGAGGAGGUGGAGGCCUUUUUUCCUGAGGAGGAGGGGCAACUGGAGGGAGGUCUGUUGCUACCCAUUGCAUUGCAGAGGUUCGAUCAUGUGACCCGGGCACUGGGGGUCGACGAGAGGGAUCUGGGUGGCAAAGGCAGCCAGCUGAACACUGCCUACAACUCCCAGAAUGCCCUGUCCCUCGAGGAUGACUAUGAAGAAGAAGCAGGGCAGGAAGAAGGGGCUUCUGAUGUGGCAGCAAGAGAACAGGGUGAUGUAGGGUUGAAUGUCUCCAAGAGGUUUGGCGGCUUCGUCAAAGGAAGGCAUGGCUACAGGAAGUUGAUGUCUCCUGGAAGAUCUUACCAGAAGAGGUAUGGUGGCUUCAUUGGCAUUCGGAAAUCAGCCCGCAAGUGGAACAACCAAAAACGUUUCAGUGAAUUCCUGAAGCAGUACCUUGGAAUGAGCACUCGGGCUACUGAGUUCAACAGCUUGUCAGAGGACCUCACCCAACAGAAUGAAGUUUAGCAAAGUGCAUGUUUAAGCCACUGACAUGAAACAAUUUCCUAAUGUAUUUUCACUGAUCUUGUUUAACUGGUGUCACCAAAGUUGACCUGCUAAUUCAAAGUUAAGAUUCAAUAGGCCAACAUAGAUCCAAAAGUAAAACUAAACCCACAAUCUAAGACUUCCUUUGGAGUCCUCUUUGUCUCAAGACAUAAGAAAUGCAGUUUCUUAUGUCUUGAGAUAUAAGAAAUGCAGUUUCUGUUGUCGGACCCUUUUUAAAUAUGAUACAAACAGUUACCUAUAAUUAUCAGACAUUAUUCAGUCUUGAGCAGUUUAACCCUCCAGUGGAGUUAGUGGAAAUUUCAAACCCCUUAAAAUCAGCUAAUCACUGGCAUCUUUCAGGACCCUUUUCCACCUCUGGACACCCUGAGUCAUUCAGACCUCUUAUUUAGUGCCCCCUGUGGGAUGUAUCAGUUGAACAACCAUGUUUCAUUUGAUAGUCUGCCCAAGUCCUUAUCCUCAAAAGCUUUGAUGAAAGCUUUGUGGGAUCUUGAUUCACAAGUCACAGUGAUUUACAUCAAAAUAUAGCAUACAAUUUACUGUUUAAUGUAUUCUGCUAGAAUAAUAUUGUCAUAGUCACUGGUUUUCCAAUCCCCUGAUUUAUACAGUAUACUAAAUUUCUGCACUGGAUCAUCUGUCAAAAGUGCUAAAUCUUCCUCUGUGAAGGCCUCUUGUUUUGUUUUUUUUUGUUGUUGUUGUUGUUUUGUUGUUUUUUUGUGGGGGGGUCUCCUUACUGUUGAAAAUGUGUAUUGAAACACUGUUGUCAAGUCUAGCAGAACCACUUUCUUUAUUAUACUACCAUCUUGUGGCAAAAUGCAUUAGUCCUUCUCUUUUAAAGGACAAGAAAAAGUGUUUUUUUUUCAUGUUUUGGCAUUAUGAUAAGGGUAAUGUCAGCAGUAAUGUAAACUGUAUGUGAUUUAUGGUAAAUAAAUUAAAACAUGCAAAAACACAACUACAAGUCAUUGGUUAAUCACUGUGCCAAAACUCAACGACAAGACGGGCUAGAAAGGCAGGCUUCAUGAAAAGAUUUCUCCUUCAGUCUGAUGUAACGGUGAAGUGAAAGACUACAGAGCACUCAAUAACAAUGGAUGUAUACUACUGAUCUUUCUGCCAAAAUGAUGUGAGGUACAAGUAAGCAUCAUCUCUGACUGGCGAUAGUGUUCAUUUAUGUAAAAAUAUUUCCUAUUUAUUUUCUUCGAACUGUAAUGGUGUGAAAUGUUUUUGUUGCCCUCUAUGACAACUUGUA